AUGCCUGGCGUUCCACCCGAUGCUCUCGACCAACUUAAGCGAGGCAUUCGAGGCCUCUUCAGUAGCAAGAAGAGGAAGAAGCAGCAGUCACACUCGACGGAAACUGAUGCCUCCACUUCCUCCCAAGCAACACCAGCACCACCUAGCAAGACUGAGGCGUCUGCCCCAACGCCCACCAAACCAUCUGAACCAGCUCCUGCCACCGCUCCCGCUAUUUCCGCUCACUUAGCCGCAACGGAGGCAGCUAACGCACCAGCCGACCCUGUCCCAGCACCCGUCCCCGCCGCACCCUCAGUCGGUGAAGCACAUUUGAACCCCGCACCAGCUGCUAUAGGUACAGAUUCAGAACAGAAUCAAGCACAACCACAAACGACCUCUACCUCCGCCACCGAGAGGGCGCAAUCGUCCACCGCUGCAGAAGCAGCCCCAGUCCCAGAACCAGUGCCAGCGUCAUCAACAUCGGCAAAAGAGCCAGCUGGUGGUGAAUUUGGUGAUAGUGGUGGUGCUGCUGCCGCUGCCCCUCCCGCUCCUGCCGCCGCUGCAGCAGAGAUCGCAGCGACCUUGGACAAGAAGAAAAGCGAGGCUGCAGAGGGCACAGCUGCUACAUGA